AUGUGGCGCGCGCCCAGUCGACGCUGUCGUUCGCUCUGGCUGAUGAAAAUUAAAGCGCUGACGCGUUCGCUGGACGACCAUACGCCGGCCCGGCUAGGCGAUGCUGCGCCGGUGCAGCGGAAUCUAGACCCGACCAUGCACCCCUUUGACAAGCCACGAGAGUACACACGUGCCCUGAAUGCGGCCAAGCUUGACCGGCUGUUUGCCAAGCCGUUUGUGGCGGCGCUCGAAGGGCAUAUUGAUGGCGUGUAUGCGCUUGCACGUCAUCCGAAGCGCCUAGACGUGCUGGCCAGUGGCAGCGGCGAUGGCGAUAUCCGGCUAUGGGAUCUAAACCACCAGCGCUGCAUCUUCACAUACCCCCGUGCGCAUGCGGGCAUCAUCCAAUCGCUGUGCAUUUCACCCCUGUCGUUCGGAAGUGGUGCCGCAUCGAAGCGCAUGCUGUCAUGCUCGACAGACCGCACCGUCAAGGUGUGGAAGGCGGACCCUGUGCCGGAGGGUCUGGGCGACUACGCCGAGUAUGCGGAGGAGAGCGACGACGACGAGGCGUCGGGUGCGCGCGAUGCAGACCUGUUCAGUCUGCGUCCCCGCGAGCAGCCUGCGAGUGAGCCGCUGACCGUGUACAAUGGCAAGACGGCGUUCCACUCGCUCUCGCACCAUGCGCACCUUCCGCGGUUUGCGUCGGCGUCGAGCACGGUGCAGAUUUGGGACAUGAACCGCGGCGGCGGCUCGGACCCCCUGCUCGACAUGUCCAUGGGUGUGGACGCCGUGCAUGUGGUGCGCUACAACCAGAGCGAAACGGAUGUGCUGGCCAGCGCCGGCACGGACCGAGGUGUCACGCUGUACGACGUGCGCAGUGGCCAGCCCUUGCACAAGGUGGUGCUAACGAUGCGCGCCAACGACAUAGCAUGGUCGCCCGUGGAGCCAACGACCUUUGCCGUUGCGAGCGAGGACCACAACAUGUACACGUUCGACAUGCGGAAUCUCUCGUCCGCGACGCAGAUCUACAAGGGGCACGUCGGCGCCGUCAUGUCCGUCGACUGGGCACCCACCGGGCAGAGCCUCGUUACUGGCUCAUACGACCGCACUGUGCGCCUCUGGGACGUCGGAAAAGGCGCGCGCUCGCGCGACGUGUACCAUACGAAGCGCAUGCAGAAAGUGUUUGCCGUGACCUACACGCUCGAUGCGCGCUUCGUGCUGAGUGGCUCCGAUGAUGGCAACGUGCGGCUAUGGAAACAUCGCGCCAGCGACAAGCUGGGCAUCGUCAAUGCGCGCGAGCGCGCGAGCCGCGAGUACGCGCAGGCGCUGCGCGCCCGCUGGAACUCAGUCGGCGAUGUGGCGAAGAUUGAGCGCCAGCGCCACGUGCCCAAGCCUAUACGCACGGCCCAGAAGCUGCAGCACACCAUGACCGAGGCACGGCGCGUCAAGGAGGACCGCCGCCGCCGGCACACGAAGAGCGGCACCAAGAAGCCGAAGGCGGCGCGCAAGCACGUGGUAGUGGAGGAGAAAGAGUAG